AUGAAGGUCACCCUCAACGGCACCGUCCUCGCAGAGUCCGACAAGACCAUCUUCGUCGAAGGGAACCACUACUUCCCUCCCGAGUCCGUCAACUCCGAGGCCUUCACGUCGUCGAACACCCACACUACCUGCGGCUGGAAGGGCGUAGCGUCGUACUACAACGCGUCGAGUGCGGGGAAGACCGAAGUGAGCGACGUCGCUUGGUACUACCCCGAGCCCAAGAAGGAGGCGGAGAACAUCAAGAACUACGUCGCUUUCUACAAGAACAAGGUCAGCUUCGAGUAG